AUGGCAACCAAUAAGAACAGCCAGAAGAAACAGGUUCAGAAGGGGUCAAUUUCUGCUGAAAAAAAGGCAGAUGAAGUAUCAACUUCAGCUUCGGAUUCGGAAGACGCCCCCGAUUUGGUCGAAGAUAAAAAGGCAGACCCUGGUGAUGAUAGCACGAGCAAGCAAUCACGCAGCGAGAAAAAGGCGCGUAAAGCUAUGUCGAAACUUAACUUGAAACCCGUUCCAGGCAUCUGCCGGGUCACGAUUCGCAAAGCUAAGGCUAUCAUGUUUGUCAUUAGCAACGCCGAAGUAUACAAGGCUCAAAACGUUGACACGUACAUCAUUUUUGGCGAGGCAAAAAUAGAGGAUAUGUCGACUCAAGCUCAGGCUGCUGCCGUGGAGAAGCUGAGGUCUCAAACCCUUGCUGGUGUGACGAAGGAGAUCAAUCAGUCCAAGGAAGAUGAGUCAAUCUCGAAGAGUGCGAUCGCGGAGGAAUCUGAAGAUGAAGAAGCCGAUGAAACUGGCCUUGAGGCCAAAGAUAUUGAGCUAAUUAUGGAGCAAGCUAACGUUUCCCGAUCGAAGGCUGUUAAUGCGCUUCGUAAGAACAAUAACGAUAUCGUUAACGCCAUCAUGCUGUAUUUCAAUAUCGAACUUUAA